UCCAAACCCAAACCAGCUUGGCUUUGACAUCGCCGGCCAUGUCAACGUCGUCGAGAGCGCGGCGCGGCGGCGGGAGGCAGUUCGCGGUGGGCGGGCGGCUGCGGCACGUGGCCGUGGUGGACGCGGGGUGCGGGUGCCGCCCGCGCCGCCCGAGGCUGCCGGCGCUCAUGAGCCUGCCUUCCUUCCUCAGGCCGUCUCCGAAGCCGCCGGUGCCGGCGCCGGGGAGCAGCAUCAGCAGCUCCCUGUCCCGUUCGUCGUCCUUCUUCCCGUCCUCCGCCUCCACCGCCUCCUCCGCCACCUACUCCACCUACUCCUCCUCCAGCGCCUCCUACAAGCAGCACGGCCAGGCGCCCGCGGUGCCCUACGGGGUGACGGCCAAGGCGUCCGCCCCGGCGCCGGUCGCGAGGAAGAAACAUGCCGCGAGGAAGAGGCGCGAGAAGGCAGCGGCGUCGGCGGAGGAGGGCGUCGGGGUGGCGGUGGAGAAGGAGUCGUCGGACCCGCGCGCGGACUUCCGCGACAGCAUGGUGCAGAUGGUGGUGGAGAUGGGGCUCUGCGACUGGGACGGCCUCCGCUGCAUGCUCCGCCGCCUGCUCGCCCUCAACGCGCCGCGACACCACGCCGCCAUCCUCGCCGCCUUCGCAGAGGUCUGCGCCCAGCUCGCCUCCGACCCUCCGCCGCAGCCGCCGGCAUACCACUACGACUACUACUACUGACGAAGCUCGUCCGCUCGUGCUCUGUUCCGUGUGUACGUGGUGGGGGUCUCGAGAUCCUGGCACCACCUGGUGUACGCGUCGCUUACCGGGUGGUGAUAGGAUCUCUCAGGAGGCAGUUUGGUGAAGAAAAUUAGUAGUGGCAUGCAGGUUUAGGUGUGUUUAGUAUUAGCUCAGCUCUUAUUUGGUGGCGGUGUUUAAGUUUCCUAGUUUCUGCUCAUUAUGUUUCGUGUGUUUGUUCUUAGUGUGCUUGCGUGGCCUUCGGUUUUGCGUGAAGGUCACCGAGAAAGGAUCCAACUCUAGUUAAUCUAUGUAACUAUAGUUGUGUCAUUAGUAGUGCUGUGAUAUGUCUGUGCUACAUGCAUAUGGCAAAUGUCUAGUGAAUCAUGUUCUGUAUGCUUGCUAAUCUUCACAAUGAGAAGAAAGUUUGCACUGCGUCUUGAAA